AUGGACUGUGGAAGCGGUGCAGCGGUGGCGGGGAUCGACCCCAAAAUUCUCGACAACUGGCAGACGGACGGUGCUUUCUCGGUCGCUUCCUGGGAGCAUCUCGGAUACGAUCAACCGCCCGAGUGGGAUACCAGUCAGGAAUCCAGUCAGUGUGCCGAUGUCGCAGAUCUCGGCGCUUUUCACGAUCCUCUGACGGGCGCACUGCUCGAUCGCCCUCGUGAAAUCCAAGCUCUAGACAAGAGGAACAACCGCAAUGUGACGGAGAACUUCAACUAUGCCGAUGGCCUCUUUGAGGGCACGGCCAGCGGCACUAUCAGCCCGCGCACGGUACCUUCAUCGGCCGACGACAAUUUUCAUAGCGAGGAAAGCUGGCCGCACUUCCAACUGUUCAACUCGGUCGCCGCGGGCGUGAACAUGGAGCAUCCCAUUCUGUAUCCAUAUGGAAAAGCGUCGACCAACUCGACUCGUGCGGUGAUCGUGGAUGAUGUCGGGGACUUGUCCCAGGGUCAGGGUUUCCCGGAUGCCUCCGCUGAAACCCUCAUGUUCCAGCAGAUCCCACCUGCGUUCCCCAUGAUGCCAGAACAGUGGCCAGAGAUGCCCACUGCUGUGCCCAUGGAGAAUCACUCCCCGCCGGAGUCCACGUCCGUGGCCAGCAACCACAAUCGCACCAAGAGUCAGCAACCGUCUUUACGAUCGCUCGAAUCCCGCUGGCUGAAUAGCCUUGAGUCUCAGCUGCCGGUCUCGCAAAUGUCUCCACCUCCCCUCCCAAUCUCCCAGAAGGCCGUUCAGGCCCCGGCGGAGGGCUUCCAGUUCAAGUCCGAAUGCUCAUCGGUGACGGGAGACAUCCCGGCCUUUUACGAAUGCUCAUACUCUGCGACAAGCGAGGAUGUGCCCGCAUUUGCCGAUCAAUCGGCCGAUGAUGAUGCCCAGUGGAAACUUCCCACACCCGACACGAGUUCCCCCGAUGACACGCACCCGGUGACAAAGGCCACUGCCUUUAUGGUCAGCGAGACCCCCACCGAGUCUUUGAUUAGCGCGUUCCCCUCGCGCUCUCGGGCGUCUUCCUUGGCAGGUCAGCAUCAGCUCGCCCGGCCCCCCGUCCUUGCGAUGCAGUCGGUCGCUACUGUACGAAAACGCAAAGUGCGGAGCAGCGGCUCUUCCAUUGACCUGGGGCUACCCAAGCCACUGCAGAUCGUCCAGGAAGAUGGUCAGGGUGGUUCAAUCGCCUCGGCAGAUUUCGUGUCUCCUCCACGGGGGGCGCGUCGCAAGGGGCCUCUGAGUAUGGUUGGCCGAGCCAACGCUGGCCUCCGUCGCAAGAACAAGGACACCUGUGUUCAAUGUAGACUGAAUAAGCGCAAGUGUGAUGGAAGUUCCCCCUGUGAUGCGUGUCGACCAACUCUCAAUGAGCAACCAUGCGCUCGUGCCUGCUUCUCUAGCAUUGUGGAAUUUGGCACAUGCAACUAUAUCUCUCAACGUGCGGUCAACCAUCCUACGCUGGACGGGACCAGAAGGGUUCGGAUGGAGAUUCCGUCCGAAUUUGACCUCGGUCAACUGCUUUCCUUCCUCAACGAGCGCCAAGGUCGCUUCAAUAUCCGGGCCACACAGGGCUGGGGCUCGCUAUAUGUACUCGAUCUUGGGGAGACGUACAAGUUCCUGAAGAGCUUGAGCGAAUACAAUGGCAACUCCAAGUCAACGUUCUUGGAGUUCAUUGAUCGGCGGAUCGUCGAGUCCAAAGACAAGUCGAAGAAUUGGCUGACAUGUGUGAAAGACUGUGACCCAAUGGCCCAGGCAUAUACUUUGCUCUCUCGGUGGAACAACAUGCCGUCACGCGCCAAGUACACCUUUGUCCCUCUAGACGGUGAGGGUGAAGAACGACCAAUGGAUAUCAACAACCCCGAGGAGCGACGGGAUAUUCUGCUAGCUGCACAGCUCUCGCGGAUUGUCUGCCGAAUGCUCGAGGUGGAAGGUUUUCGGAAACUCGAACGUGAUUUCUACAACAUCAAGUGGAAGCAAAUUUCCCACGAGACCCACGUCCGCUUCCUUAGCGAGUUGGGCCAGAUUCUUCUGACUCUCCGCUGGCGCGUAUCCUGGUGGAAGCGUCUGGGCGACGGGGGUCAGGCCCCGGAUCCCUCGCAACAGCAUUAUAUCGACCGUGUCGAGCUGUUGUGUCGCAUCUUGUAUUUUUACUACACAUGUGUCCUGGCCAAGCUACCCUCGUGGUCCAUGGCCGAUGUACCCAAAGGUAUCUGGUCCACCUAUGCGGACUCGGAAAAUCCCAUCUGGGACGACUUCCCCUCGGAUGCAUCCGAUGCAGGAUUCCAGUCCUGGCUGGAGCGCGGCCAAGAAUUGAUCGAGCAAGCUGGUGUUCCAUCGAAAAUUUCCAAAUUCUAG